AUGAGUUCUUUUGAUAUUUAUCUACCCGAUAAUUCUGUCAAUGAAUCAAUUGAGCUUGAGAAUUUCAUAUCAGAACUUAGGGACUCCAAGCUAAGGAGAUUUGCAGUCUUUGAUGAACUGCUUACAGGUUAUAUAGUGCUCAAGAAGCUAGAAUAUGAACACCCCAUUGAUGCUUCAUUAGAUCUAUACAUUCAAGGUAAUAAUGAUCAAUCUGUUAAUCUAAAAAGUAUCCAGCUCAAUAACCCAAUCAAAUCAGAUUCAACUCAAGUCGUUUACAAAUUCAUACUAUUCCUAUCAUAUCCAAAAAUAAAACUUGAGGAUCCAAUACUGAAACUUAAAGUGCAAACCACUUUGAACCAACAAGCCAAGUCUAACAAAAUCCAAUCUGAUCAGGCGUUGGUGGACUUUUAUCCAGCAGAACAUCGGAACAUAUUAGAUGGUAUACAACCUACAAUUACAAGUAGACAAAACAAAUUCUUGAUGAGUGAUGCUGUCUUGUCAGAUUCAUUGAUCAAGCACAAUAAACUUGAUAACGUUAAUGGAGCUGAAACAAAAACUAAAGAUGAGAUUGAGAAUGUUCAAAUAAAUAAAGAAUUGGAAAUACCCACUAUAAGAAUAUUGAACCUACGCGUUCGUAAUAUAAGAAUCAAGAAAACCUCCAUUUUAUCUACAAUUGAUGUUGAACUCUCCACAAAGUUCAAGUCUCUGGGUCUUCCAAUUUCUUUAAACAACAUCAACUAUAGAUUUCAAAAUACUGUCAAACCCAAAUUUAAUUCAGAAUUUCCAAUAAAAAUUGAAGGGGAUGAUAGUUUCAGUUUUACUUUCCAGUUAGAUUCUAAUGAAAUAUUGAGCUACAAAACACUGAUUGAAAUUGACUAUUCUCUUGAUAACCACAAUGUCAAGACAAAAUGGAUAACAAAUAUUGAAUUUGGAGCCCCACAAAGCAUUAAGAGAGCAUCAACAGCAUCAUUAUCAUCACAGCAUACACUUAAUACAUCUCUAUCAUCUGGCUUAACUAUCAAAUUUCUCGGCAAUAAAGAAGUCAAAAUUGGUGAAGUUUUCAAGCUUAGAGUCCAUAUAGUAAAUAACUCUAAAAGAAAUAGAAAUUUAGUUAUGGUUUUUAAUUCAAGUUCAGAGGCUUUUUUACCAAACAUUCCGAAAGUGAAAUCAUUAAUACAAACAAACAUCAAUGUUUUGAAAUAUUAUUCAACUUCCAGGAUAAGAACCACUGGUGUUUUAAGUCUUGUCAAUGAAGUACAUUUCAAAGUCAAUAGUGAUCAAGUUUCAGAAGGUGAAAUUUUCCUAGUGGGUUUAGAACUUGGAGUGUUCAACUUGACAGGGAUUAAAUUAGUUGAUUUAAUAACAGGAGAAAGCAUGAGUUGUGAUAAACUACUAGAAGUGGUUGUCUCUGAAUGA